ACAGCAGCAGCAGACCUGACUGACACUAUCCCACUAAGCUAGCCUGUCAGCUAGCUAGCUAGCUGCACAACACCCAUUGGUCACGUCUAAACCAAGCUAACUACUCUAUCAUCAGAUAUCCAACAUGGAUUUGAAUACCGUCGUGUCGCAGCUUGAAACUGCCAACGAAGAGGAUAUCGAGAAGCUUCUGCAGCAGUAUAAUCGAGAGAACAGUCACACCUUCAGUUUUGACCCAAAGGAAGAAACCCUGCGGAGUAAGUUGUGUCAGAGUGUGUUGUCAGUCCUCGGGAGGCAGGUGCAGCCCAGCUGUCAGCAAACAUGUCUGGUGACACUCCGCAUCCUGUCCAGAGACAAGCGUGUCCUCGCACCUGUAGCCACCAGGGAGGGCAUGUUGAUCCUGGGAGGCAUGGCGAGGCUGAAUGCUGGAGAGGAAGGAGAUGACAACCAGAAAAACUCUCAGGAAGACACCCAGUCAGAGGAGGAGGAGAGGGUGGUGGUGGAGGCCUUGAAGUGCCUAUGCAAUGUGGUGUACAACAGUCCUGCUGCCCAGCAGGUCAGUGUAGAUGUGCAGCUGGCUCAUGGCCUCUGUGCCAGCCUGCGUACAGCCCGCACAUGGCACCAUGAGGUGGGCCUGUUCACACUGCGCCUUCUCUUCCUGCUGUCUGCACUGAGACCUGAUGUGAGAGGGCUUUUGAGGAGAGAAUGGCAUGCUGUGAGACUACUGACAGAGGUGCUGGAGCACACCCUGGAUGUGCGCUGGGUUGGUCCCUAUGAAGCUGCCCGUCCAGAUCCGCAGGCCCUGCCCAUGCCUGCUGAGGACAAUGAGCGAGCAAUGGAGGCACUCAAGGCCUUGUUCAACCUCACACUGUCUGACUCUGGUGGUGAGGAGGAUGACCACCAGUUCAGACUCAUUGCUGCCAUCCUGCGUCAUCUGUUGAUGCUGAAGACUGAGACAGAGGAGAAAACAGAGGAAGCACACAGCCAUGCUGUCAACCUGCUGAAUAACCUGCCUGUGUCCUGCCUGGACGUGUUAAUCGACGUGCCUGUCCAGGGAGGACUGGAGAUAUAUGGUGGGAAAAACAUGGAUGCAAUCCAGAAGUUAAUAGACUUCAUGGAGAAAAGGAUGGACAAGCAGGGCUCCAACUACAAAGAGGGUUUGACUCCGGUGCUCAGCCUUCUGACUGAAGGAUCCAGACAUCACAGGGAGAUCCGCAGAUAUAUCAAAGCUCAGGUACUUCCCCCGCUGAAAGAUGUGAAGAUCAGGCCAGAAAUUGGCACCACCACCAGAAACAAGUUGGUUCGCCUUAUGACACACGUCGACAUGGGUGUGAAGCAGACGGCUGCAGAGUUUCUCUUUGUCCUCUGCAAAGAAAGCGUGGACAACCUGUUGAAGUAUACAGGAUAUGGAAACGCAGCAGGGCUCCUUGUGGCUCGAGGACUUCUCGCAGGAGGGAGAGGAGAGACUCAGUACUCUGAAGAUGAAGACUCAGACACAGAGGAAUACAAAUCUGCAAAACCCUUCAUUAACCCCAUCACCGGUCACGUGGAGGAGCCAAUGCCGAACCCCAUCGAAGAGAUGACGGAGGAGCAGAAGGAGUACGAAGCCCAGAAACUUGUCAAUAUGUUUGACAAGUUGUCAAGGCAGAAUGUGAUCCGCCCGAUGGGGGUCAGGCCUGACGGGACGUUAGCACCUCUCGAAGAAACACUCUGUGAUCCACCCGAGGACUCUGGAUCAGACUCUGAUUAGUGCACUGCACAUUUAGGCCACAUUUUCCAGGCGAAGCCCACUUGGCCCGCACACAUCUGGAGCUGUGUCCCAUUUGAAGGUCUGGAUCCUUUGAAGGAAGGUGUCCAUGAAGAUGGGUCCUUUAGAGGAGUUUAAAGAUGGCUGAACCUGUUUACGGUAACUGAGCAGAGGUAGCAAUGGUCAGUCAGUAGAUACACGCGCUGUACUGAUACCUCCCAAUAACUCAUACUCCAUUAACUUAAACUUAAAUUGGUAGAUAUAAGCACAGUGUGUGGAUCUAGAGUCAGGACCAGUCUCACUGACACUCAAACUAAUGCUGGAAUUUAGGAUCUGGUUUUUAACUCGUACUACCAGGAAGUUGCCCUUCAAAUGCAGCACAGCUGGCAAGUAGUGUAUCAGGUUAAUGGUAAAGGUAUCCACGUAACUUCUAUUCAUCUGUACGUUUAUGCCAGGUCUACUUAUACAAUAUCUUGGCUUGUUAUAAUGUAUUUAGUCUGUUAUCAUGUUCGUCGUGUUCACACUGAUGCAGAAGUGCACUCUGAGUUGUCAUGUUCACAACCAGAAGCGCAUUUCUCAGCGCCGGUCAGCAAGCAAAUUUUCGAAUCUGCUCUUUUCUAAUUACACAUAAAACUCUCUGUCUGCUUGUGUGUGUGUCUGAUCGUCUCUCUCGCUCUCUGUUCAGACACAACUGACAAAUAUGUGAAGUAAGUGAGCAUGAGUUGUAUAUUAUAUAAUUAGUAAGUAUCAGAUCUUUUAUAUUAUAUCUAAUAUAUCCUUUAUAUUGUUCAUACUAGAUUAUCAGUGUGUUUUCUUACCAGAUUUGCUUGCGGAAAAAAUAGACCAGAUGCCCUAAACUAUCGCUGCAGAUCGCAAGCUGGCUGUGGGGCUCGGGGCCACAGUGCAUCUUGUGUGAACAGCUUAAUCGCUGAACAUAAGCACGGAAAGGAAGGGGGCAGCACUCCACAGAAAAUCGCUGUGCUUCGGCAUCCAGUGUGAACCUCGCGUACGGUUGUCAGAAGUAUAAAUACUGUAAUACUUUAUCGAUAGCAAGUGUUUCAGACAAUACGAUCUCCGUUAAUUACACAUUUGAUAGUAUCAAAAUUACCAAAGUGACAAAAAACAGAUCUACAAUCAGGUUUUCAAUCCAAGGUUAUGAAAAAAAGAAAAAAAAUAUCCUAGUUUAUGAGCUUUUGUCAUUUUGCCGUGGUAUCAAAAGAGGCAUUAAGUGUCAUUUUUUAUACUGGAAUCAAAGUUCAAAUCCUGGUAUCACAAUAUUAACUCAAUCUAGAAAUAUGACUUCUGGUGAUCCAGCCCUGAACUGGGACACAGCUCAUCAUGAGGCCCUGUCGCAGCAGUGAGACGUUCACCACCACAGUGGAAGUGGACUUGAUGCACGGCUGAAGGCCUCCAUGGUUACUGUUGCACCUUCCUCAUUUACUUUACCGCUCCUUGAGUUUAAGAAAAAAAAAAAAAAAAAGAAAUAGAGGUAAUAAUAUAAUUCUUUGCUGGAUCAUGUGUAUCUCACUGAAAGCACUGUUAUUAUAGUUUGUUCAAAGUGUCAUUGGGUCUGAAUAAUCAUUCCUUCACCUCUGCUUUUUGUUUUACACUUUUUUAUGUUUAUCUGAUUUUGUUUUUCUCUGCGACAUGAUGAUUUUGUAUAUCUAGAUGAUUCAAGUGCACGUUACACACACACACACACACACACACACACACACACAUUUAAACAUAAAAUCAUUGAAAACUGUUGGUUUAAAAUCAUGGGGCCUGUCCAAGAUGGACCACAGGAUUGAUGUAUAUUUAGAAAUGGGGCCGUGUCGGUGUGUGAUAGAUUUAAUUUGCUCACAGUGAGUCUGUGUUUGGUUGUGUAAUUAUCAUGAAUGUUGCACACCAGUUAGUCACCAAGGAAACCUUCUGAAUUCAGGGCUUGUAGGUUUACUGUCACUGAAAAGGUGUUUCAGACGAGAGGACUUCCUUUCAUGUAAAAUGAGGAAUUUGAUUAGAGCGAUGCAACAUUUUCCUGUGCUGGAUGAUAGUAAACAGAUAGUUUCUGCCUGUUGUGGACUCUUGACAAAGAAAUGGCUAAACUACAAUGAUUGUUUUCUAAUCUAUUUUAUUUUUUGCCAAAUGUGCAUGAUGUUAAAUCAGGUUUCGGUGAUGUGAUUUUUUCUUUUUUUUCUUUUUCUAGAUUGAAAUUUUUGCUAAUUUUAUACAAAUCCACAUGUUUAGUGUCUGUAUGAACUGAGUAAUAUUUCUUUGUGUUGGUAAAACAUUAAUUUAAUGUAAAAGCUGCCAAUUCUGAAACAAGCUGCAUGUUUGGCUACAACUACACAACAGAUUUGGCCUCCGAACUGAAACCCUGCCUCAGAUUACUGACGUUUGAUGUAUAAAAAAAAAAAUGCUGAUUACAAUCCAGAGAAAUAGAAUAUUACUAUACCCAGAGAACAUGUGUCAUUAUUACGGGAAUCGGUGACAGUUCACUGGAUUAAUAGUGAAUAAUCAUGAUGAGCACGUUUGUUUCACUUGACCUGUGAGUCACCACCACUGCCUACUCACACACACACACAGUAACUCAGAUAAGUGGAUUAAAAGGAAUGUUUAAAUUGUCUGGAGUCGGCCUCACACAAGCACAGAAGACUUUGAGUCACCUUUUGAAUUACAUGUGACAAAUUUUUUUCCUACUUGUUAAGUUGUGAAAGGUCAGAUAUAUAGAUGAGUCACAAAUUAAAGGGGAAACCAACUUUAAAGGCUAACUUACGUAUAUUUAAACCUGACCCUAUUCUGUCAUGUGUUUGUGUACAAGUGACUAAUGGGAACAACAGUUUUUGAAACUGGUCCAGUAUAGUGAGAGGGCGACAGCCAGCAGGGGCAAAGCAGGCUGAAGUGUAACCACUCGGUGCAUUGCACACAGUCAGUUUAAGUUCUCCAAAAGUGCUGUUUUUUUGCCACUGACAGCCUCAGAUUGUUAUUCUACAUGUCUGACAACAAUAUGGGAAGUAUCCCUGCAAAGUUGGACCUUUUUGUUUAGAUGAAGAUCCUAUUUGUUUAACCAGACACAGCCCUGAAUCACCCAGUUAGAUUUGAAAAUAUGUUGGCACUAUACAUGCUAAAAUUGGUGUUUCUUUCUUUUACGAGGCUGUUCCUGGUUAGACAAAAAGGGUCCUUUCCAUAGUGUUGAUUGACAUUUAAGAAGGAUUUAUACUUGUACGUCAGCUCUAUGCAGAGUCUACGACGUGGCCUAUGCCAUCGUGAGCAUUUAUACUUAUACGGUAGUUUGUCUGUGUCACUCUGCAGCUACACCUCCAAAACACUGGUCGGUGGCAGGUUUUCUGUGAAGUUUAGUUGAUUCAAAACACACAUUAAACAUGUCUUAAUAGUGACUAUUCCAAACACGAGUACACAAAUUGGCUUCACUAUAACACGCAGUAUACACAGACAAACCAUUUGUCUUUAUCUGGCACAUUUUCCCCAUAAAUACGACAUGCUAACGUUAAUUAGCACAAGCCUAUCGCAUUUUACAUUGUGUAAAUUAGCCUAGCCGCUAGCGGGCUUUUCCUCCGCUCAUAUGAAGCUAGGAUAAAUCACACCUGAGACUUAAAAAUGCUAUUUUGUUGAGGCUUUAUUGUCUUCAAAAUGUAUUGCUUUUUAUCUGUGAAAUAAAAGUAAACAAAAGCUUUGUUUCCACUGAGGGAAAUGGUUUCAGCUUACAAAAAUAGACAGAUGGUCUGCAUUGCCAUGAGGUGUAGUUAUAUUUCUGGGGAGGUGCUCCUCAAGUUUUGGCGUAGGGUACGACGUAGGCUCUAUGUUGAUGCAGAUGGUGCACAAAUGCCCCAUGUGGUUACAUUGUAGCUUGUUCCACUGCUGCUGGCUGCAGACUUCUCGUUAAAUACUGGACCAAAAUAAAAAAAUGUUGUUCCUAUUAGUCACUUAGACACAAAAACAUGGGAAAAUAAGGUCCAGGUUUAAAAACACAAUGUUACCCUUUAAGUGUUUCAGUGAGGUAUUACGCCACCACAAGCCUCCAGAACAAUUUUGGUGCCCUUUAAAAUAGAAGUCUGAUGACUACAAAGGCCAGAGCACAAGUUUCGCAAAACGUUAAUACUUUCCAAACUGUUUAGUCACCAUUUCUUAUGUCUCAAUGCUCAUUUCUUUAGGUUUUUCCCUUAAAAUUUGUCAUGCAUCUGUAGAAUAAUAUUUUUUUGUUUACUUGUGUGCUCCUGUGUAACGCCUUCUGUUUCCUCCACAAUCAUAGAGGGAUAAAUGAAAUUGCAUGCUGAUCACUUCUCCAUCUGGAAAGAAUAUGUUACAGUAAUUCUGUUUUUUGUUUUUGCACAUUCUUUACAUACUGUAAAUAGCACCACAUUUAUUUACACUGAUACGUUAAUAAACUGGAGAAUAAGA